AUGUCGACAUACAUCGAGCGACCACUCUUUGGCGGCGCCAUCGUCGCAAAGACAGAACGGAAUCUAAUCGACGCUUCGCGUGUCGACAGGGAUCUACGACAAAUUCCUGAUACCCAAGAGGUAUUCCUGGAUCCCAAUUCUAGUGUUAGCGUCAUCGUCGAGAUCCUACAACGAGUCGAACCCGAAGACCCUGUGGAAGCAGUAAAUUUCCACUUCAAGUCACUAGCUCACGACAACGAUGCGGAGAAAUCCACGGUCCAAGGGACGUCAUUGGUCGCAAAUGAUAGAGGCGACGCAACACCUUCCGCAAUUCUCUUGGAAGGAGAACAGAUCGUCCGCAAGUUCAAUCGGGCCAGCGCUGAUCGUGUCAAGAUCUUCAUGGGUCUCUUCCGAGUGAAGGAGAAGAACACGGACAUAGUGGUCACUUUCAACGUCCCAAUACACACCACGGACGAUUCAGGAGAAGUUGCGCCUUCCCAUGUUGCAAAGUACACCGAAGAUUUUAAUGUCUUUGUUCGCUCGUUCGAGAUCAAAGACUUUGGCUUAUUUGCUUGAGCGGACGGAUGGAUAGAGGAUGUGCAAUAAAGCGUUUUAAC